AUGGUUCAAAUCAUAAUUUCUAUCUGGAGUGGUCAAAUUGAUCUCAUGCUUCAGCUAUUGGAAGUUGUAGCAGAGAAAUUUGAUGCUGUUAAGUACAUUCACUCGUUUGGACAAAGUUCUCAUUUGAAUCAGAUAACCAAAUCUCUCAAGUUUCUGGAAAAUAUGGAAGGUUGUGGUUCUGAGAAAUGGCAUUGGUUUGCAGGCAAAGCACUUGUCAUCUAUCUGAUUAGGUGA